CCACCUUAGUCUUUCUCUUUUUACACAAAAAAUUAUCAUUGUAUAUGGUAUAUCGGUUUAACAAAACCUUUAAUCGUGUAUGAAUCGUUUGAAGCCUUAACAUGAAAUGGCAGUAAACUGUGUCUGUUCUUUCCCGUUUUAGUAGACCAUACCGCCAUGGAGAACGUGAAACUAGUCGUGGUGGGGGACGAUGCAGUGGGCAAGUCCUGUCUGCUGAUCGCCUACACCACUAACGCCUUCCCAUCGGAGUAUAUCCCCACAGUGUUUGACAACUACACCGCUAACGUCAUGGUAGACGGCAAGCCUUACUGCCUAGGGCUCUGGGACACGGCCGGGCAGGAGGAUUAUGACAGGUUACGUCCCCUGUCGUACCCCCAGACCGACGUCUUCCUCCUGUGUUAUGGUAUAGAAAGCAGAGACUCAUUCGAAAAUGUAGAGGCGAAAUGGAUACCCGAACUCCGACAUCAUUGUCCUGAUGUUCCGAUCCACUUGGUCGCCUGUAAAAUAGAUCUGAGAUCAGGGGGCUCUAGUCGCCUUAUCACGACAGAGGAGGGUAAAGACAUGGCCAAAAAGAUCGGGGCCUCAUUCUGUGAGACGAGCUCACUUACUCUGGCGGGGCUCGGAGAAUGUUUCUCCUCAUCAAUUAAACGAUACCAGGAAUAUAGAGGAUAUAGAAAAGUAAAGGCAAAGGGGGGUAUAGUGGGAGGGGUGUUUAAGAAGAAACAGAAGCCCCUCCCUAUAGCACCUGUCAUGCCCCCUGCCGAGAAGGCCCCUUGGGUGGAGAUUAUGACCUCGACCUUUAGUUCUGAUUGGAUGAAAGCUUUACAGAGCCCCUCCUACACGGACGUGACCUUCAUACUGGACGGUAACCAUAAGCUAGAGGCCCAUCGCCUGGUCUUGUGUGCAGCUUCCAAAUUCUUUCAGAAAGUCUUCAGAUACACACAAUGUAAACAGAAAAAUCAGUUAUCCAAAAUCGUAGACGAGACUUUUACUAUGGAAGAAUUGACAUCCGGGGCUGUAGAAGGCAUAGCAACGGUCCUAGAGGAGGAAGUUGGUACACUCUUAAAAAAGUUUUACUUAACAAUUCAGAAAAGACAAGAUGGCGACGUGGAUUUUAAUAGAACAUGGAACGAGUACAAAGUGGGAUUUGGGAAUGCCUCUAAAAACUACUGGUUAG